AUGUCCCGAAUCGGCGAGGCUCUUCGAGGAGGACUUCUCUGGGGCAAGGGCGAUCGUCUUCCAGGCGGCGGCGACCUGUGCAGAGGUGACCUCCGCAUCGGUGAGCGUGGCGGAAGGGACGUCCGUGACGCUAAUGACGGUGGCGGCGACCUUGUUCGAUCCCGUCUUCUGGGGCUAUCGGGUCUGGCACGAUCUCGAGAGCGAUCGCGCCUGAACCCAAUGCUCCUGGAUCUACGGCGCGGGGCGUAUCUUCCUGGCACAUAG